AAAAAAGAGACAGAUGAUCUUCCUCUAGAUAUAGAGGAAGUAGAAAAACUAUCAUACAUCUCUUCAAUUCUUUAUAUGGAAGCAUUCAUUCUACUUGUGAUAAGAAUCAAACCUCAAUUCUGAGUUGGAGAAGGAGAUGCAAUUUGUUCAUCUCAGGUUCAAAGAAAAUGAAAGUAGAGAUGAAAGAAUUGAUGAUGAUCCGGUUCCUUUUCUUCUUCCUUUGGUUUCUUCAUCUUCUGCAACAAUCUGCAGGGCAAGUGGAUGACUGCAAGCCUUCACAGUGUUCUAGGAAUGGACCUAGUAUCGAAUUCCCAUUUCGAAUAAAGGACCAACAGCCUGAGUACUGUGGAUACCCAGGAUUUGAACUGACUUGCAACAAUGGAGACACCAUCUUACAACUUCCUUCUGUUGGAGAGUUGUCUGUUUAUGACAUCUCAUAUUCAAAACAGGGCAUAAAUGUUCAGAAACAUUGCUUUGCAGAAUUCAUCCUUGGGUUUAAUGCUAGUAAUAGUUCAUCAUCCACAACAGCUUAUCCAUUCCAUUACUUCUGUAAAACGGAGAAUUACGCAUUCUUUAGCUGUCCGACUGAUGUUACCUUCGAAACCGGCAGCAUCUACAAAGUGCCCUGUUUAAGCAAUGGGAUAGAUACAGUUGUCUCCAUAAAAUCGUCUUCCGGGCUGGCAUUGGUUCAGGGGUCUUGCAACUUCAUGAAAACUGUUGCAGUUCCAAAUGUUCUACUUGACUACUAUAACUAUGGAUGCAUUGAUCCUGGAGACUAUUUUCCCUACUACCUCAUAGACAAUGUCCCUGUUUUGAGUCUGAAGUGGGAAGUGCCGGGAUGUAAUUGCAGCAAGGUAGGAGAGAAGUGCAGAUUCAAGAACAAAACCACUCAGGAGGUGGGGUGUUUCUUUGUGAAUGGAGGUCAAUUGGAAAAAUCUGUUGCCAUAGGAGUAAGCAUAGCCUUGUUGGUUCUCAUGGCAGCGACAAUUGUCUCUGUUAAGGUCUACAAGUCACAGAAAUUGGCUAACGAGAAAGCAAGAGAAGAUCAACUCAAGGUUGAGAAAUUCCUGGAGGAUUACAAGUCUCUCAAGCCCACCAGAUACUCUCAUUCCGAGAUUAAGAAGAUGACUAAACAAUUUAAAUGCAAAUUAGGACAAGGAGGCUAUGGCAGUGUGUUCAAAGGGGAACUCUCAAAUGGAAUUCUUGUUGCUGUAAAGGUCCUCAAAGAAGCAGCUAGUGAUGGAGAUGAUUUUAUCAAUGAAGUGGGCACCAUCGGUAGGAUUCACCAUGUCAAUGUGGUGCGUCUUCUUGGGUAUUGCGCAGAUGGAUACAAAAGAGCAUUGAUCUAUGAAUUCAUGCCCAAUGAAUCACUAGCAAAAUUCAUAUUCUCAGGAGAUACUAACAACCCUCUGCGACACUGGGAGAAGCUUCGAGACAUUGCAAUUGGUAUAGCGAGAGGGAUUGAAUACCUUCAUCAAGGUUGUGACCAGCGUAUCCUCCAUUUUGAUAUCAAGCCUCACAAUAUUCUACUGGACAAAAAUUUUAAUCCCAAAAUUUCUGAUUUUGGGUUGGCAAUCUUAUGUGCCAAAGGUCAAAGUAAUGUAUCGAUGACAGCUGCUAGGGGAACAAUGGGCUAUAUUGCACCAGAAUUCUUCUCUUGGAACUUUAGCAAUGUUUCCAAUAAAUCAGAUGUCUACAGUUUUGGGAUGUUGUUGCUUGAAAUGGUAGGAGGAAGGAAGAAUAUAGAUACUUCAGUGGAACACCCCAGCCAAGCAUACUUCCCCGAAUGGAUUUACAAUCGCCUACAUCAAGGGGAAGAGCUGGGUUUGAGGAUAGUUGCAGAAGAAGAUGUUGAAAUUGCAAGGAGAUUGGCCAUUGUUGCGACUUGGUGCAUACAGUGGUACCCAUCAGGUCGUCCUUCAAUGAAAACGGUGCUUCGGAUGUUAGAAGGAGAAAUUGGUAACUUGGAAAUGCCACCCAACCCCUUUGUGUCAACAGCUCCAGAAGAGGCUGAGGCAACAGUCUUGGAGGGAUCACAAGGCCCAAAUUUAGCAGUAAUCAUUGAAUAGUUGUAAAGAUAAAAGAGUAUGGUAAGCUUCAGGUUCAAGUAUAGCUUAUAAUGAUCAAUAAGGAAAAGCAUGCACAA